GCUGUAUGUGCAGUGUUUGUAGCUACAUUAGCUUGUUAACAUGAAUUCAACCUAAGUACCUCGAUGCAGACUGCGGACACCGGCACUUUUAGUUUUCAUUGUAAGUGUAGGUUUAGAUGACCGGAUAACGUUUCAGAUGGAGAUGUAUGAUAAGCUGCACUGGACACGGGGAACCAGCCGGACCGCCCGUGUGGUCUGACAGCUGUCACCGUGUGUGGAGCCACUUAGCCCGGUGUGCUAAGUGAGCUCACGGCUAACAAGUGCUACAGAGCUGGGCUCGCGAAUCCAACAACUGUCGCUGCUCACAUUUGGGACAGGUGCCUUGAGAUGGACAUCACAUGCUCCGUAGAGACAGUAACAUUUCAAAAGGUGUGUUUUUUGUCCUAAACGCAUUUUGGAAUAAAACAAGAUAGUUAGCAUUUUAGCAAGAGAAAGCUAUCUGCUUCCAUUCAAUCUCUUAACAUCACUGCGAUAUAAAUACAGCAAGUUGACGCGUCUUUACCACCCUACAACUAACUAUUUUAAACGAAAAGACAAUAAUGAAGAAGUUUUUUGACACUCGCCGAGAGCUCGGGAGCUCAGGGCCCGGCUUAGGAGCCGCUGGUGGUGGAGGCACUGGAUCCGGUGGAGGGAGCAGCUUCAUUGGACGAGUUUUCAACAUUGGUCGUUACCAAGUCACGGUCGAAGAAAUUGUUGCUGAAGGAGGAUUUGCUAUAGUAUUUUUGGUGCGCACUCAUCAAGGGGUCCGCUGUGCACUAAAACGAAUGUAUGUCAACAAUGAGCAUGAUCUGCAGAUCUGCAAACUUGAAAUACAAAUUAUGAGGGACCUUGUUGGGCAUAAAAACAUAGUUGGUUUUUUGGACUCAAGCUUAACAGCUGUUGGUGCAGGAGAUGUCUACGAAGUUUUAAUCCUAAUGGACUUUUGUAGAGGAGGACAGGUGGUGAAUCUAAUGAACCAAAGGCUUCAGACGGGGUUCUCUGAGGCAGAGGUCUUGCAGAUUUUCUGUGACACAUGUGAAGCUGUUGCACGUCUCCACCAAUGCAAGACACCAGUCAUUCAUCGAGAUCUGAAGGUUGAAAAUAUUCUCCUACAUGACCGAGGACACUAUGUGCUCUGUGACUUUGGAAGUGCCACUAACCGAUUCCAGAACCCUCAGACUGAGGGCGUGGCGUCUGUGGAAGAGGAAAUCAAAAAAUACACUACUUUGUCUUAUCGUGCCCCAGAGAUGGUAAACCUCUAUGCUGGAAAUGUCAUCACAACAAAAGCAGACAUUUGGGCCAUGGGCUGUUUACUGUAUAAGCUUUGCUUCUUCACACUACCUUUUGGGGAGAGCUCAGUAGCCAUUUGUGAUGGCAGUUUCACUGUCCCAGACAAUUCUCGGUAUUCACAGGAAAUGCACUGUCUCAUCAGAUACAUGCUUGAACCUGACCCAGAGAAGAGACCAGACAUUUAUCAAGUUUCCUACUUUGCCUUCAAAUUGGCCAGGCGAGAAUGUCCUGUCCCAAAUGUACAUAAUUCACCCAUUCCUACAAAACUUCCUGAGCCCAUCAGAGCCAGUGAAGCCAUGGCCAAAAAGAGUCAAACCAAAGCUAGGCUUACAGACCCUGUGCCCACCCUAGAAACCUCCAUUGCUCCACGACAGCGACCCAAAGCUGGCCAGGCCCAGCCUCAGCCCAUUUCAGGCAUGCUUUCCAUUCAGCCCGCAGCUACUCCACGCAAAAAGUCUAAUGCUGCACCAGGUAUAAAAGGAGAAUUCUGUUUAAUUAACAGUGCACCACUCCUGCUGUUCAGCCUGUGUCCUCAACCAGCUCAGCCUCCUGCUAACAUGCAGCCACAGCCUACACAGCAACAUCAGCAGCUCCUCAUGAAGCAACAACAACAAGCCAAUGCAUUUCUAAGCCCCCAAAGUAACCAGCAGACCAUCCAUCUUCGCAAAAGUGCUUCUCUGGCAUCUACUUUGCUGCAGUCACGAGCUAAAGUGUCCCAGCAGCAUCAAAAGCAGCACACUGUUCUCAGUGGUGGUUCACAGUCGGUGCCUUCUCACCUCACUCCAAUCCCAGAGUCUGCAGCGACUGCUCCAGGAGUGGACGUGGAAGUCGUGAGCCGAGGCAUGCACAAAGUAGGCUCCUUAACUCCUCCUUCUUCACCAAAGAUGGCUCAAAAAAGUGGCCACAGACGCAUUCUGAGUGAUGUCACUCACAGCACUAUUUUUGGGGUUCCUGUGAGUAAAUCCACCCAACUUCUUCAUGCAGCAGCAGCUGAAGCCAGCCUCAACAAGUCUAAAUCUGCUAGCACUACUCCCUCUGGCUCACCCUGCUCAUCUCAACAAAGUGUUUACCACCCGUACGACAACAGCACUAUGACGGCCCACCCUGCAGGCAACAGCCAGCCCAGUUGGAACCCUUUUGGAGAUGAUAACUUCUCAAAGCUUACAGCUGAAGAACUUCUAAAUAAAGACUUUGCAAAGCUUGCAGAGUCUGGUCUAGGAGAGAAGCUCACUGGCUCCAGUGAAAAUAUCAUUUCAGGACUCCAAGCAUUUCCAGAGAAACUGAUUGAGGGGCUCAAGUCCCCUGAACCCUCGCUACUGCUCCCUGACCUUUUAACCCUGGCUGACCAUUUUAAAACUUCCUCAGAAAGAUGCACGGAUGCCAAAACUGAGGUAUGUGUGGACUCACUGAUUCCUGGUUUAGAGGCUCCACAAUCUCAGCGGCAACCAGACGUGAGCUCCUCUGGCAUCCAAGACCCUCUCACUGGUGAUGGCUCUCUGCUGGGCUGCGACCUCCUGUCUCAUUCUCCUUCUCACAGAAACCAGUGUGUUCCCUCUGUCAAUAACCUGGGCUCUAGAUCCUGUCUGGAGGAACGGUUGACAAACCAAGCACCUGCUGACUCUUCUCUCCUCUGUGGGCACCAGGGCAACAGUGAUGAGUUUGACCCUAUACCUGUGCUCGUCUCCAAAAACCCAAGUCAAGAUCUCGAAGGAGAGAGUAAUGGCUACACUGUUCUCGCUGAGGGACACGAGAGGGAACCUUCAGAUCCUCAAACAAAUGAAGGCUGUGUGCACUCUAGUGAUGAAGAAGAGCAGGAGGCUAAACAGGAUGAGAGUGGAGUGUCUGCUCACGAUUGCAGUGGCUCCAGGCCACUGCUUAUGGACUCUGAGGAUGAAGAGGAUGCUCCUCACUAUAGUACUGUAGCCACACAACCUCCACUGGCUUAUCCUCCAAUAAACAACAUGACCCAAAACAAUUUCCAGCACACUUGUGCUGCUCCUCCUGAGCAGGCUGCAGCAGCCGAUGUGUUCUCAAAUGCCCCAUUUCGGACUGCACAUGAAGACACAUGUGAUGUGUUUACCAAUGCCCCGUUUCCACGACCCUCUGCUGCAGCACAACAGCCCAUCGAUGUCUUUGCUCAAGCACCGUUUGGAAAAAGAAAGGAGUCGAUAGGAGUGGCCAGUGUGGCUCUAUAUCCACCUACAGGAACAGCCACUGAACCGGGAGUCUUAGGGAAUGUCACCCCGCAGCCUUUCCGUCCACAAGCUUUGGCCAAAUAUUCUCGUCACUUUGAGGGGACAGUCUCGCAGCAGCCCGGGCCAGCUCCAGGCUCUGUAAGCAGACAGGCCACAGUGGGGAUUGUCCGGUACCACCCUUUACACACAUGGACCCCAGAAAGGAGCGCUGGAGACCCCUUUGUCUCUGCACCCUUUCACCUCAAAGCCCCACAGGAAAAGCCUUGAUAAGCACUGAGACACAUGUCCCAGUCUAAUAUGCAAAGUCCUGCAUGCGCUCACCAGCGCCUCAGCUGGACUGCAGGCCUGCAUGGAUCUAUUGCACAAGUAGCCUAAUACUCAAAGUACUACUGUGUCAUUUAGAUUUGAAUGACAACAUCAUUCAUUGACUGAUUUUACUUUAUGAUAAUUCAUCUUCAUGGUACUUUCACAAACUGAUUAUAUGGUGGUUGAGUUAGUGUUCCUUUCUACCUCACAUUUUGGUUACGUAAGGACUUGGUGAGGGAAUAGUAAGGUUUUUUCUACUAUAAUUGUUCUAAGAUGUGUAAUCUUUAUAUGCAAAAGAACAAUUGAUAAGUGAAUACAUGGGAUUUAUUUCUAUUGAUUCACAACUGUUGUCUUUGGCCAUCAAACUUGAGAUUGUGUUUUAACAGGAUGCUGGAUAAAAAUGCACAUGUAAUUCCAGGAUGAGAAACAUUGCAAAAUGUUUGACUGUUGGACAAAGAAACACUUUUCAAUAACUUGAUAUACUCACUUGUCAUUUGUUUGUAGCCCCAUGUUCUGGUUGCAUGAUUUUAUUUGUCUCCUCCUCCUUAACUGCUGCAUUUAUGUAUGGUAGUUGCAUUUAGCAUAAACUGUGUUGCCUUAUGCAGUAUGCAAACACUUACUCACACACUAAUGUUGAUGAAAAUGAAAAAUUCUGAAAAUAUUUUACGCAGUCUGACAAAGACCAGGUCCUUUGGCACAGCCAUCCAUGUCCAUGAAUGUACUGGUCAAAGCUUAAACCAGAGAUCAUGAAACGUGCCUCCUUUUAAAAUGGCAUUUGUUCAUUGUUAUGUGAGAACGUCUUUUGCAAAUCACAGAGCAUUUUGUCACCAUGGCACUUUUAAGAAAGAGGGUUACACCUUUUUCAAUCCAAAGUUUGUUUCUUUGUUGCAAUAUACACUAUCUACUUUGAUAUUUUGUAUGCUGAAGUGUACAAUCUUAAAAGACCUUCUGGAUGUGUAAAAAUGAAGUCUGCACAUUGUCCCUAACGAAUAGCCAGAGCUCUUUUAUUGACUUUGCGCUCCAAGGUGUUUGGACACAUAGCCUAUAAGAAUUUUAUGGAGAACACACA